AUGGGUUGUCUCAGACAACUUGUGGUUGAAAACUUCAAGACGUGGCGAGGAAAGCAAGUUAUUGGUCCAUUCAUGGAGUUUAACUGCAUAAUUGGCCCCAAUGGCUCUGGUAAAUCAAACGUGAUGGACGCCGUUAGCUUCGCCAUGGGGGAGCGGGCGAGCUCUCUGCGGGUGAAGCACCUCAGUGACCUGAUCCAUGGAGCCCACGUCGGGCAGCCAGUGUCAGACAGGACCUACGUCGCCAUGUUCUAUCGCCACGACCAGGACCAGGAGAUCGUCUUCUCUCGGAGCUUCUCAGAUGACUCCUCUGAGUAUCUCAUCAAUGGCAACCAAGUUACUUUCAACCACUACACAGAGGAGCUCGCCAAGAUCAGCAUCAUCACAAAAGCUCAAAACUGUCUCGUGUUCCAGGGAGCAGUGGAGUCCAUUGCUUUAAGGAACCCUAAAGAGCGCACCAAGCUGUUUGAGCUUAUCAGUCAAUCCAAGGAGUUUGCGGACGAGUACAGCCAGAAGAAGCAAGCCAUGCAGAAGGCCAAGGAGGACAUGCAUUUUCAGUUCAACAAGAAGAAGUCAGCAGCUGUUGAGAAAAAGCAGAUCUCUACUGAGAAAUUAGAGGCUCAGAAGUACCAGGGCCUGGUGGAUUACAUUCAACAAAAGCGUGUGCAGCUGAGCCUGGCGGAGCUCUAUUAUAAUGAGAAGGCCAUUGAGAGUACCAGCAACACUCUGAGCGACAAGCAGGGGGCUGCCGCCACUCAGAACGCUUCUCUGCAGGACUGGGAGCAGACGGUGAAAACCCUCAAGAAGGAGCAUGGACGCCUCAUCAGGGAGCAACAGCACUUGGAGAAAGAGAUUCGCUCCCAGGAGCACGUCCUGUCCCAGUCCCGCUCUCACUUCAUCAGAGCCAAGGUAAACACCUCCCAUCAUCUCAAGAAGAUGGAUGAGCUUCGAGCGUUGGCGACAAAGAGCCAGAAAGUCUUGGCCCGGAUAGAGCAGGAGCUUGCCGAGGCCCGGCGGGAGAAAGAGGACCUGGAGAAGACCUGGCGGGUCUAUGAGGGACAAUUUCUGGAGCAGAGAAUGUCCCAGGGCAGGGAUGUCGAGCUGGAUGAGUGUCAGCGAGAGCACUACAAAGAGCUCAAGGAGUUUGCCAGGAAGCAGAGCGCGGGGCUGUGUCUGGAAGCCGAGAAGAUGCACAGGGAUGUCAAGGCAGACUACGAUCAGAUGGCGUUUGACCAGCGCAAACGGAAGGACGUGGAGGCUGGCAUCCAGAACAGCAAGAUGCAGUUGGCUGAUUUGACCCGCAGAGCAGAGAAACUUGAGGAGUACAUCAAGGCCUGCAAGUCAACCCUGGACGAGUUCAAUCAGAAGAAGGAGAGCUUGCAAGCAGAGUUGCAGGAUGGCAGAGAGCGCACCGCUCAGGUGAACGAGGAGCUGAACCAGGUGCUGGAGCAGCUGGGGGAUGCCCGCUUGCACAGCCAGGAGAGCAAACGUCAGCUGCAGCGCAAAGAGAUACUGGACAAGAUGCACAGGCUCUUCCCUGAGAUGGUGUAUGGCCGCCUGUGUGACUUGUGCAGCCCUAUCCAUAAGAGGUAUCAGCUGGCCGUCACCAAGGUGUUUGGCCACUUCUUGAAGGCCAUUGUGGUGUCGACAGAGAAGGUGGCCCAGGCCUGCAUCAAAUUCCUCAAGGAGGAGCGGGCUGAGCCUGAGACCUUCCUACCUGUCCACUACUUGGAUGUGAGUCCCCUGAACGAGCGACUGAGGGAGAUACCGGGCGCCAAGAUGGUGGUGGACGUUGUGCUCAUCAAUGCAGCCACAAACAUACCACAGCUGAAGAGAGUGGUGCAGUUUGUGUGCGGCAACACGCUGGUGUGUGAAACCAUUAAAGAGGCCAAGAGCAUCGCCUUUGAUGGGAAGGAGCGCUUUAAGACCGUAUCUCUGGACGGGACCCUGUUUUCAAAGUCCGGUGUGAUCUCUGGAGGCUCCAGUGACCUGCGCACCAAAGCUCGUUGCUGGGAUGACAAGGAUGUCACAAGGCUGAAGUAUAAAAAAGAUGAGUUGACUGAUGAGCUACGUGAUCUGAUGAGGCUCAAGCGGAAGGAGUCGGACCUUAAUCUAAUAAUUGCACAGGCUAAGGGUGCACAGACCCGCCUGAAAUAUUCAAAAAAUGAUCUGGAUAACCUAGGGAAGAAAAGCAUCACUAAAUGCCUGGGGGACAUUUCUCGUAUGGAGAGUGAAAUGGCCAACCUGGACUCCCAGAUCCGGAUGCAGCUGGAAAAUGUGGAGGCUAAGGAAGCUGUAAUGAAGAACCUCAAAGGCCAGAUAGAGCAGACAGAGGACAUGGUCUUUACUGACUUUUGUGCUGAGAUCGGUGUGGACAAUAUCAGAAUGUAUGAGCAGGAGCAGUUGAAACAUCAGGAAGAGCACGACAGGAAGUGCUUGGAGUUGGAGAACCAGUGUACUCGCUUGAAUGCCAAGCUUGAGUAUGAACAAGAGCAACUUGAGAAGCACAAGAAGCAGCUCAGUGAAAUACAGGCCUCCAUCGACAAGGAAGAAAGCAACAUGGCUGAGAAAAGAAAGGAGGAGGAGAAGCUGCUGAUGGCCGUUGAAAAAAAGGACAACAAACUGCAGGAGAUGAAGCACCAGCUACUGGCAAAGAAAAGGCAGGUAGCAUCUGCCAAAAGUGAGCUGGAUGAGAAAAUCCUGCGCCUCCAAGAGAUUAACAGAGACUUGGUAAAACUUCAGCGAGAGAUAAUGCAUGCCGAGAGCAUCUUGGAGCAGAAACGUUUAACCCGACACAACUUGCUACUGGCCUGCAAGAUAGAGGGCCUACCAAUCAUUUUGCUCUCAGGUGACCUGAAUGAAAUCAGCCAAGUGGAGCUGGACGAAGGGUCUGAAAGUACUUCAACCACAAUGCACAUUUUUGAGAGGGAGGCCCAGCUCGUUAUUGACUACUCUUGCCUGGAAGCUGAGAACAGGAAUCUGCCUGCAGAGGAGGUGGACAACUAUCUGGAGAGGCUGAAGGAGUCCCUUCAUGCUGUAGAGGAACAGCUGAAACACACAGCCACGCCCAACUUAAAAGCUCUGGAAAAGCUCAGGGAGGUGAAGGACAAACUACAAGACGUGACAGACGCCUUCAAAGCCUGCGCCAUCGCCACCAGAAAAUGCGAACAAGAGUUUGAAGAAGUUCAAACUAAGCGCUUCCAACUCUUUAGCCAGUGCUUCAAUCAUGUGUCUGGUGUCAUUGACAGCAUAUACAAGAGAAUAUGCCGGGACAACAGCGCCCAGGCCAUUCUGUCUGCUGACAAUCCGGAGGAGCCAUAUCUAGGUGGCAUCAACUACAGCUGUGUGGCUCCUGGGAAGCGCUAUAUGUCCAUGGAAAAUCUGUCAGGCGGGGAGAAGGCCAUUGCCUCCCUGGCUUUGGUGUUUGCCAUCUACAGUUUCCGUCCUGCUCCAUUUUUGAUUUUGGACGAGGUGGAUGCCGCCCUGGACAACACCAACAUUGGGAAGGUGACCAAUUUCAUCAGGGAGGAAUCUAGAAAGAAAAUGCAGGUGAUCGCCAUCUCCCUGAAGGAAGAAUUUUUCUCCAAGGCCGAUGCCCUGUUGGGAGUUUACCCAGACUUUGAUGUCUGUAUGUUCAGUCGCAUGCUGACAUUGGACCUGCGUCCCUUUCCUGACCCGGAGGACAACAGUGGAACACCUGCGAGGGACAGGGCCAGAGAGGACAACAUGCAAAAGUAGCUCUGGAUCACUUGCAUUGGCUUCAUUGUUGUAGUGGUCUUUUUCAUUUAAAAAAAUAUAUUAUAAUAAUAAUCUCAAUUGUAUUUCCUAGCCAGUUUUGAGUUUAAA